AUGAGUGCAAGAAGCGAUUACGCCAACGGGUACGGUUACUCCGACACCAGCCGGUACGAUCGUUCCGAUGGCGGAUACGGCAGCGGGAGCAGCAGCAGCAAUUUGGGGGUAAACGGAUACGGAGCAGGAGGGGUUCGAGAACGUCGCCCCGGUGGAUAUGGAGGUUUCUUGGACCCUGAGGCUUCACAGCAGCCUCCACUACCGCCGCCCCAUUCUCCCGACCGUCGCCGCGAUCGAUGGGAUCGGGACCGCGAAUAUUCCACAUCGCGUUCUCGUGUCCGCGAACGCGAUGUAGAUACUGAAAGACGACCGCCUAGAUCCCGCGAUGGUCGACCGCAUGGAGAGGCUACUACCUGGCUGGGAAGUAGUAGCAGCCGUUCGAGGGAGAGAGGGAGGGAUAGAGAUAAGGACAAUACUCCAGCAGGAGGGCCUCAAGCGACGGAAGGCGUUCUACAGACCAUCCAGCGCGAAUGGGCAUUCGUCGCAGCUGAUGACUGUGUACCAGCACAGGUGGCGUUGCAGUUGAUGGAUACAAGCACUCUGGGAAAGGCAGACCGCGAGCCGGACUUUCUGAAUAUGCACAGCCAGAUCCAAAAGACCCUGAAGUCUGUUGUCAAUGAACACCACCAGGGGUUUAAUAGCUCCAUUGGCACUUACCAUAAAAUCCAGUCAAGUAUACAAAGCUCACAGGGCCGGGUACGCAACCUGAAAAUUGCCCUAGAACAAGCAAAGUUGGGAUUACUCUCUACCAAACCCGAACUGAAGGGUCUAGCUACAUCAUCCCAGAAAUAUGACGACAUCAUCCAAUUGUUUAGCCAGAUUCAGGAAAUCCAAUCUCUCCCAGAGAAGCUGGAAUCGUUGAUUUCAGACAAGCGAUUCCUUGCUGCCGUGGAAGUGCUUCACAACGCAUUCCGGCUUUUGCGACGUUCAGACUUGGACAAUAUCGGUGCCCUGGCAGACAUUCGGGCCUACUUUACCAACCAAGAAACAUCACUUACUGAUAUUCUAGUUGAGGAGUUACAUGACCAUCUAUAUCUCAAGUCCCCUUACUGCUCUGGUCGAUGGAAACCACCGACAUCGGAGGGUGAAGGCAACAGUGGAACCUCCAGCUGGGCUGGAAUGGGCAAUUGGGAGCGACCUGUGUAUGGGUUUCUCGCGAAGCUUGAUGCCAGCACACCCAUGGUAGAGGACUCUUCACGGAACCCGGAGGCCGACACUUUUUACUAUAUCCGACUUCUGGUUGAGGCAUUAAACAAGAUGGGCAAUUUGGACAUAGCAGUGGACCGGAUUGAACAGCGUCUCCCGGUUGAGCUUUUUGCAGUGGUUGACAAAACCAACGCGGAAGUUGAUGCACGUUACCCAAAUCCAGCCCGUGGUUUUGGAUCUGAAGACAGCAAGUCGGCGUUGCCUACAGAAAUUAUCGAGAAGCGGGGCUAUGUCUUAUCGGAAUUCUUGUGGGCAUUGUAUGCUAAGUUCGAGGCAAUCGCUGAAGGCCACCGCGUCGUUCACGACAUAAUAGUGGCUAUUGUGGGACGCGAGGGGAUUCCCCAAAGCAGCAAUCUUGUGGGUGGCUUCAAAGAGCUGUGGAAGCUCUACCAGAGUGAGAUCCGAUCCCUUAUGCACGACUAUUUGGCCACCGAUGGAGAGUCCUCCCUCCGGCCAGGAGCUGAAGACUCGGACACCAGGCGUCAGCUUUAUUCGGGCUAUAGAGACAAGAACAAGGUAUCCUUUUGCCAUAAAUGGGCGGCAAUUAGUAGUCGUGCUAACGAACAGCAGAAAAUGUUCAAACUAUCAGAGACAGAUGGAACGACAGAGAUACAAGCCGAGCAGGAUGAACUAGACGAAAUACUUCGCGCCUCUGUUCCUGGCUUGGUAUCUAAGUCGAGGCAGAAAUCCUCUACAGAUAAUAAUUCUGAGUCCAAACAAGGAAACUCAGGCACUGGCCAUAAGAUUCUCCUCAAACCGAGUGUGUUUAACAUGAGUCUCCUUCUCCCACCCUCGCUCUCUUUCAUCCAACGCUUGAAGGAAAUUGUUCCCGUGGAAUCCGAUAUUGCCAUGAGCACAUUAACGUCGUUCCUGGACGAUUUUCUCGUCAAUGUCUUUCUACCGCAGCUGGACGAUACAGUUACCGAUGUGUGCACUCUCAGCUUCCUUGCGCCGGAUGCAUUCACCGAAGAACCCCAGUGGUCGGCUGUUUCACCACGGCCAGUCUUCAAGGCAAGCCAUAAUCUUCCCGGAACGGUCAAGUUCAUGUCUAUCAUCAGAGAAUUUAGUAAAAUGCUCUCCAGCAUUCCUCAUGACCAGGCAUUCUCACAGCUCCUCAUAACGCAGAUAGUAACCUACUAUGACAAGUGCUGCGGAUGGUAUAAAGCUCUUGUUACGAGGGUUGCUCCUCGAGAUAAAGGCGAAGUUCAGAUGAAGCCGGCGGCUCGAUUUGCUGAGUCCGGUGAGCUACACGACUUGGUCAGUAGAUUGUGGAAAGGGGUAGACGAAGACCGAGGGGACCUCAUCGACAAGGAAACACAAAUUCUUCUUAAGCGCACCAAUGCCGUGCCCCUGGAACCGUAUGACAUCAUUUCGGAUCCGAAAACAGUUGUUGCUCUAUCACUACUUUACAAUAGUAUGGUAGGUAUCCCCAAGUCACUUAUUUCGUUGCAUAUGACUGACAGCGGCCAAAGCAAUGGCUUGCAAGUCAUCUUAAAAAAACUGCGCCAAGUUACACAAUACAGUUCUGAAUCGCAGAAGUCGCAGCCUGAAAGAGGCCCAACCAACCGCCGAUGGACAUUGGUUGGCGCCAUGAAAACCAGGCGUGACAGCGUCACUCAACCGGUGUAUCUCCCGCUGAACCCAGAAACGGCUACUGCAUUUGACACAACUCUCCAGUCCUUACUUGAUCUUUCUUUAAGCUGUCUCUUCGCUUUGCACAUUGACAUUCGAUGCGGCGUUGUUCACAUGCUGACCCGAACAAUGGCCGGACCCAAUCCUCCCAAUAAAUGCAGUUCUGAACCCGCGACACCUUCCCCCAACACAAACACUAACUGGUGGCAUAUCGUCAUGAAUCAACCAACGGCAGCAUCGCCCGCAGUCCUUGAGCUGAACAACGAUCUAAUCUCGUUUGACACAAAUAUCUCGACGUACCUCGGGUCUGCAGAAAGAUGGUUCAUUACAUCGGGUCUUGCCAGGUUCAUCGACCAGGCGUUCGUCUCGAGCACUCGUCACAUCGGCGCCAUGAAUGAGAACGGGGCACUUCGACUUCAGUUGGACGUUCUUGUCUUGCAACAAAACCUGAAGAAUAUCAUCAUUGCUCCCAGCACGGAAGGACCUUAUAAUAAUACCGCCGCUAACCACGAGGUCGUUGCUCUUCCACGCAGCGCUAAAUUCCUAGAUUGGUUCCUGGAAGGUGCCGAAAAGGCACUUGAUUAUGCCAAAGACGAAAAGAACGCAUUUGCCACUCAAGGUGAGAAAGCGCUGGCAGCAGGUAAUGGAGAGCCUUUCACCUACGAUGAGCUUAAAGCACUCGUGGAUCUGUGCUUCUCGGAUGUUCUUCUGGGUCCCAGAGGCGCAGAGAACCGGGAGGAUUUCAUGGUUGCAAAGAAAGCCAGCGCUGAUGCCCUUCUAAGACUGAAUGAAUUCAUGUGGGAUUCCAAAUGA